AUGCUCCGAGUCAUGAGGGUCGACUUUGUCGACCCGCCUCGCCAUAGUCGCUCGUAUCGGCCAUUGGGUCGACGGGUAGAUGCCUCGUCCCGGUCGAGCCCCCUCUGCUGGCCAUGUGUAUCGACCGUUAGUGACCGACCAAAAACACCAUUCCCCCUCAACUUAUCUGCAUCACCCAAAUACGCUUCUUCUUCUUCUUCUUCUUCUCAUUUCAACCUCAACCUCAACCUCAACUACAGGGUUUCAAGAGUUUCAUCCAAAGAUAUUCCGACUGAACUGACCGAGGAUUCAAAGUUUGUUCCCUUGAAUUCCGAAGAUCAAAGUUACGGUCCGCCUGCUCUAUUGUUGCUGGGUUUUCAACUCGAAGAGGCAGCAAAGAUACAACAGUUUCUGAAGGAGUUGGAUGGAGAAUUUCUUGAGUUGAUUUUUUGUACUGAGGACAUGAUUAACAGUUCACUGUGGGAAGCGGUGAAUACCAAGCAAUCGAAUGUGGAUGCAUCAAAAGUUGCAAAAUCACUACCAAGAAUUUGCUUCCUUUCAGGUCUUACUGGUGAGGAGAUGAUGAUGUUGAUCGAUGCGUUCCCGGAAAGUGGUCUGGAACCUGCUGUGUUUGCAGCCCUUGUACCAAAUAGUGCUGAUAAGCCUUUAGCAGAGCUAAUAGAGGAGAUUAUGGGGGACCAUGAGAUGCUAUCUGCAAAGCAAACAAGCUAG